GGAUGCAAUAUAUUUGUGGCCACGCGUAGAUUUCCUGGCGCUGAUUCGCCUCUUCCGUGGCGGGGGAUUUAAGAAGCCUGGUGUCAUCUGUCAAUCAUUCGUUGGGAGUGGAGGAGGGGAGGAGACCAGUUUUUACGAUCGGAGAGAUAUCUGUUUACCGAAUUGUUGUACAAAACAAAACAAGUUUGCUGGCAAGCAUUUACUGCCUAAACUACCUUCGCACAAGUUUUACGUCAGAUUUUACCUCAGGUGACCGCUGUUUUUACGUCAGAGUUCGAGAUCAACGCAAUUAACGUUAAGCGAAACAGCAUCAUGAAGAAAACAGUUUUUUUCCCCGGGAGAUUCAAGGUGUCUUUCAGGAAAGGCCCAUCAGGCCAUUUACGCCGGGACCCAUCAGAAGAGGCAAAAAGAAUUAAAGACAACCCUUUACUACAGGACAAGUCAACACCUCAAAGAGAAGAUCUGGUCAGGAUGAAUGCCCGUUCUGUGGUGUUACAGAGAGGAGGGGAUGUCUCUGACAAGCAAGAGGUGUUGGGAGAAUACAUUCUUCAGUUCGGCAAGUACAAGGGCCAGUCUUUCAGGUGGUUACUAGAGAAUGAUGUCGGCUAUGCUUUGUACCUGUCCAAUAAGGUUGAGGAAGAAGAACAGGCUGGGCAGUUCAACCCAGAGGGUCCUUGCAAAGAUAGCCUCAUUUCCUUUCUUGAAUACUCAAGAAGCUUUAAGGAAAUUGAUGAUCUUAAACGGUAUCUGUCUCAAAGGCCAGAUCCAUUGCCAGUUUUGAUAGAGGAAGACAAUACUGUUGGAUUUGGAACAAGAGCUCAAGACACAUGGAGACAAAUUUGGGAUACCAGGGCAGAUGGAUAUGCUUUCUUUAUAAUGAAGCAGAAGUGUGUUCCAGGCAGCAAAAUGUACAACUUGCAGCAGUAUCUUUUAAAACAGCAGCAACAACAGCUGACGAUAAACACUCCUCCGUUGCCCUCACCAUCAGCUUCCACUGCAAGACCACUUGUUCCUUCCAGUACUGCCUCUGAUCAGCCUGUGAUGGAGGAGGAUGAAGAACUGGAGAGGAUAAUGCUGAGUCUGUCUCCAACAAAGUAUCUCACACAGCUGAGAUCAUCUGCAGCCACGGGAUCCACAGUCUUAUCUACAGCAGGUUACUUUCCAAAUCAGAUUCAGAGGCUUAUUCUGUUACAUACAGACUUAUCCUCCAUUUCUGAAUUUAAUUAUCUUAUUUAUUGUUUUGGCAGUGUUCUUGCCUGUUCUAAAAAACAUGUUCUUUUGUUCUAACUAUAAUUAAGGGUUGAACAUACCAGUGGUGAGGGUCUGCCGCAGCCUCCAUCAACACCAGUUCCUGUGUGUAGGCCUUCUUCACGGGGUGAAGGCUCUGUACCACCUGCAGCAACACAAUCAACACCUGAACCAAUGCCGUCUGCACUGACUGAAGCCCCUGUUCCCAGCUACUUGACCAAAAAAGUUCUGUCGACAUCACAUGCAGUCUCUAGUUCUCCCAGUCCCAGUAUGCCUUCUUCACAGACUGAUGGGCCUGUACCAACUCCUGCUGCACAAUCAGCACCUACAGCUCCGGCAUCUAUGCCAUCUGCACAGACAGAAGCACCUGUUCCUAGCUACUUGCAAGAUAUCAGCCGCUGGAACUGCUCUCUUCAUCAAAGAAUUUGGAUGAAGACAGAGAUGGAGUCCUUAGGGCUCUGGCCAGGAUCACGCCCAGUAAGACACCUCAUGAAUAUGGUCUCCUUGUGGCGCUAUCCACCUCAGCCUGAGCUUAUAGAGACAAACACAGGCCUUCCGUCACCCAAAUACUUCCAACUCCAUCCCUUUUUCAUUUGGAAACCUGAGCACAGUAUAAUGGAAAGGCUUAGGAACAAUUACAUCCUGCCUUGUCUUAACAGCUGUAAAAAUCCAAAUGUUGUGUCCUCUGGUGUGGGAAGACCCAGAGUGAUCCUUGGUACUACUGGGCAAUUUUACAUCCUUGCUUCACGUCUGUGUUGUAAGGCAUGCAAAAGAUACUGGUUUGCUGAUAAACCUCAGUGGCUGGACAUGCUACCACAGCAAUUCAAAAACAUCUUGCCAGCCUUCCUCACCCAUAAGAAGGCAAUCUGUAAAACGGUGAUGGAUGAACUGAGGCGCUCUGGAAAAUCCCCUAAUGACAUGGCCAACCAGCUAUCUGAGGUGCUUCACCUUAAAUUUGAAAGAGCACAUCUGGCUUACCUUCUCAGUGUGCAGAAUGUCAGGGAUGCUGAAGCAGGGCUGUAUGGUCAGAAAACCAUCACUGGGGCACUGAGGAAGGAUAACACACCUGCACCGUUUGGGGAUUAUGGAGACACUGAUGGGUGGCAUGGGGUGUCUGUCUCUGCACACUAUUUAGUAGAGUGCCUCCUUCAUGAAUAUCAGCGGCAGGAAGCAGCUCUCACUCAGCUCCUACAAGGCACUUUUGGACAGGUGUUCAGGUCAGAUCACACACGCAAAGUUGCUAGAAAAGUGACCCUCUUAUCUGGCACAAUGUCAUCCUAUGCUGUGAUGAACGAGAACUGGAUGAUUCUGUCCUGGGUGAUGCUGCAGAGUGAAAGUGAGCAGUCCCUGGAGUCAAUGUACUGUGGGCUAUCCAAUCGCUACAGUGCUGCUGGUAUUCCCAAGGCCAAGUACCAGUGGGUGGACAGGGACUGCUGUGCCGCUUUCAGAGUGAUGGACCCAGGACCUUAUGAGCACCAGCAGUGGGAAGCCUGGAGGACCACGGAAGCUAUUGUGGCAGAGGUUACAUCAGGAAACCUCAAGAAUUUACAUGCCGCUUGCAGGAAGUUCAACGAGGACAUGGUUGUUAAACUGGACUUGUUUCACUGUAUGCGGCGGUUCACCAGGGAGUGUGUUUCGGAGCACCAUCCUCUGUAUAGCUCCUUCUGCCAGUUCCUCUCUUCUGCCUUCUCUGUAGUUGAUCAGAGUGACCUGGAGAAACUGAAGAACGCAUACAGAUUCUGUGGUAUCGAGCCUGCUAAUCCCACCAAGCUGCACAUCAGAGAGCACUGCAGGACAAAAGUGCCACAUCCCAGAGAGCUGGUCCAAAGGGUGGAAGAAGUGUUUCACCAUUUCUAUCUGGCAAAGGAUCCCAACAACAUCUUCCUUUUCAAACCCUCAAUGUUAAAAGUGUGGUGGAUUCAGCGUAUCCACAUCCUUAGAGGCUGCCUGAGUGAUCCUGAGGUGGAGGAAGGAAUCCUCUACAGACACGGUGGAACCCUACAGCUGAAUCAUGUCAAGGGUGAUGGAGCUGCUGUGCCCAUUUGGAUCCCUGUCAGAGGCACUUCACAGCAGGAGGGGUUUCAUUUCCACCAGGCCCAGUGGGUAACGGGCAAUCGUGUCUCUCCUGAGUUGUUCCAGGCACAGGGUAUGACUGGUGUGGCACGCUGGAAUUAUCAGCGGCUGGUGGACCUGAAGCAGCCUGGGGUUGUCUUACCUGGAGUGUUUGACCCUGUUUUGAUUGGAGUUAAACAGGACAUCUAUAAGAGUGACAGGGCAACCCAAAUAUCCAGCCUUGCACAUCUCCAGCAGGGACACAGGAGAGAGGUUUGGCCUGCAAUAUGUGGAGCCAGGCUGUCGACCUGUGCCUCUUGACUUUGACAAACACAAAAGCAGGAAGACAGACCUAGGAGAUGUGGAGAUGCAAGAAGAGUCUUCAUCUGGUGUUCCGUUCUCAUUCCCAUCUCAGGAAUGCUUAAAGGAUACCUCUUCUGCGGAGACCCCUCUUGCUGCAGAACCAGAGGCUACCUCACAGGCUGUCAUUUUUCACCAGUUUCCUACACCAAGUGCUGUGACAGUGAAGGAACAAACAUCUGAUGAGUGUCUUUUAGUUGCAGAACUCUCAAGCACAUCACCACUGCCUGUAGCUGCUUCUCCCUGUGCUGCUCGCACUGGACCCAUUAAGACCGGUGGCCGAGUUUUUGUGUUGGACCAUAACAGAUGGACGGAUCCAAUGAGAAAUGCCAUUGAUGGUUUGCUGGCCAAGCAUCACGGGAGCAAGGAUCUCCUUACAAAGGUGGAUGCUGAAUAUGCUGCUAUGGUACAGAGUGCCUGUACUGACCCCAACAGCCUUCUGCAUUCCACCACAAAGCAGCACAUAAGCAGGUACAUAAAACACCUUGCUAAAAAAAAGAACACUAAUGCCUCUCAACACCAGCCCAGAAAAGCUCUUGGAGACACAGCAGUUAUGGCAGCGUCUUCACUCAGGCAGUGAAACCAUCAGUGUCCCAGUGACAGUACUGCCACCUGCCCCAGUCAAUCCACCUGCAAAGGCUGUUCCUGAAGCUGUCCCUCUGGACCAGACAGCGUUCGAGAAGAUGGUGAAGGACAUCGUAGAGAAGCAACAGGCAGUUCAGCAGCAACAACAAUUGCAGGCGCCGCAAAAAAAGCAAACCAGAUCCUGUUUAGCCUGUGGCCAGCCUAAGUCUCGAUACAUGGGUGAUGGCUCCUCAAUACAUUUCUUUUAUCAAGGUAGUGAUGUUAAAUACUUCUACUGCUCCAAGAAAGUAUUUGACACAUAUUCAGCAGAGGGCCUGACCAACCCCAGAAUGCCUUUUGAAGACUUUGCAGAGACUCCUUUUUUUCAGCGGGAACUGGAGGCCUCUAAGCAGAGAGGGGCAGAAAGGAAGAGGGUCACUGAGGAGAGAAGCAAGCGGAAGUCAGCAGUGGAGCAUCCUACUGGUCGUCUGUGCAGAUUCUGCCACCUGCCACUGAAACAAGGACCCAACAGUCCUCAUAUUCAUACCGCUUUACCUGGAGUGGCAGGCAAAUACAUUUACUGUCCUGCUAAAGUGUUUUCUCUUUAUCAGGCUCAAGGAAUGAGUGCAGAAAUGUCAUGGAGAGACUUUCAGCAGUCUCCAUUCUAUGAGACUGAGAAGCAGAGGUGGAUGAAGGAAAAGCAAAAAUGACUUCACUGUGCUACAAAACAGUAUUUGAGGUCUGGGCAUGUCAUUUGCCAAAGACAUUCCUUGCACAAGGUUAUGUAUAUGUGUAUAUAUAUUUUGUUGCAUUUUUUAAUUUUUAAAUUAAAUUUUGUUUUUUUUAAUUUCAUUUAUUUACAUUUGUUCAUUAAAAUACCAA